GAAUUCUGAGUUGACAAUCAUUCGCCGCCCAGACCACAACACAACAAAACCUGUUAGGUAUGUUAAGUUUGAAAAGUGCUGUCUUCUUUUAAAUGCAUUCUAUUUAUAUAAUAAGUUGAUUUUAUGCAAAUAUUACAUGUUAUAUUUAUAAUUCAUACAUAGAUGCUAAUAUUGCCUCAUAACAACAGCUCUAAGUAUUAAAUAUAUUGUUCGCUACGAUGUAUAAUAUAAUAUAGAAAGGUCAGAGUGCUUAUUUAAGACAACUAUACUUUUUAGAAAAGAAAAAUGGAAUCUGCAAAAAUCUUCAAGGCGAACGAAAACUGUCAACCUGACUGGAAGCAAGCUUCCGCCGAUUACGAUGGUACCGAUACCCAUUUGGAAAUUAUGGGAAAACCAGUUAUGGAAAGAUGGGAAACACCUUAUAUGCAUAAAUUAGCCGAGAUUGCUGGUAGUAAGGGUGGUAGAGUUUUAGAAAUUGGAUUCGGGAUGGCUAUCUCCGCAACUAAGCUUGAAGAACAGAAUAUCGAUGAACACCUUAUCAUCGAAUGCAACGAUGGUGUCUUUUCUAGACUAACCGAAUGGGCUAAGACACAACCUCAUAAAAUUACCCCAAUGAAGGGGUUAUGGCAGGAAGUUAUAAACAAUGUUCCGGACAACUCCCUAGAUGGUAUUCUUUACGAUACCUAUCCAUUGAGCGAAGAAACUUGGCAUACACAUCAAUUCGAAUUCAUUAAAAAUCACGCCUAUAGGCUUUUAAAGAAAGGAGGUGUUUUAACUUAUUGCAAUCUGACCUCAUGGGGUGAUCUUCUAAAAGAAAAAUACAACGAUAUCGAAAAAAUGUUCGAAGAAACUCAAAUGAGUCAUUUGAUCGAAUCUGGAUUCAAGAAGGAAAAUAUUAGCACUGAAGUGAUGCCAAUCGAGCCAGAGAAGGAAUGCAAAUAUUAUCAAUUUAAGAAAAUGAUCGCUCCAACUAUAAUUAAAGAAUAG